CCAUACUGUCAUGUGAAAUAAAUACAUGUCACAUGUUCGAAAUAUUAUCAAAAUAAUUACAUUUACCAUCUAUCAGGAAGGAUUAUAAAUUUACUGAGGAUGAGGGUGUUAGCUAUAAUCUGUUGUUGUUUUGUGAGCUGUUCAAUAGGCCAGUAUACAUUUGAUGAUUCUAAUGGUUUGGGGAGAAGAUUUGAUGGUCUUGGAGGCCUCAGUGGUGGAGGGGCAACAUCAAAACUGUUACCAGGAUAUCCAGAAGAUCUCAGGAAUCAAAUUUUAGACUACCUCUUUAAGCCUAAUUUUGGAGCAUCUCUUCAUAUUUUGAAAGUUGAGAUAGGGGGUGGAUCAAUGAGUGGAGUUGGUAGUGAAGCUACUCAUAUAUAUCAUGAUGGUGAUGAGAAUUAUGAUAGAGGUUAUGAAUGGUGGAUGAUGAAAGAAGCUAAAAAGAGAAAUCCAAAGAUAAAACUGUAUGGGUUACCAUGGGUGUUUUCUGGCUGGGUUGGUAACGGUACAAAUUCACCAUACACCUACCCUGAGAGAACAGUGGAAUACAUCAUUAAAUGGAUCAAGGGAGCUAAGCAGUAUCAUAAUCUUGAUAUAGAUUAUAUUGGGGAAUGGAAUGAACAAAACUACAAUACAACAUAUUUAAAGAUGCUAAGAGCGUCCUUAGAUUCUAAUGGUAUGCAGCAUAUUAAGAUAGUAGCUGCUGAUGAUUUUGGAGCAGACUAUGCAUCUAAACAAAGCAAUCUUGUACGAGACAUGGGUCUGGAUCCACUCUUAUCAUCUGCUGUAGAUUAUUAUGGUGUUCAUUAUUCAAGUACCCAGAGUAAUCUGGGGUCUAUAAUGUGGGGCAAACAACUGUGGGCAUCAGAGGACUAUAGUACAUUUAAUGAUGUACAUGGAGCAAGGUGCUGGGCUCGGAUUUUGAAUCAGAACUAUGUGAAUGGACUGAUGACAAGUACAAUAUCUUGGAACUUGAUAGCAGCAUACUAUGAGGGUAUGCCUUAUCAGAGAUGUGGUCUGAUGACUGCUAACAGUCCAUGGAGUGGACAUUACAGUGUUGAUUCUACCAUUUGGAUGACCGCUCACACAGCACAGUUUACGGAGCCAGGAUGGAUUUAUCUGAGUCAUCAUUCAGGUGUUGGUCAUCUUGUUGGUGGAGGAAGCUAUGUUGCCCUCACUAGUCCUGAUAAAACACAACUUACAAUUGUUAUAGAGACUAUAGAUUAUGCAGAUUCUAAGUGUCUACAUGAAGCUCUACCACAAUACACUGUUGUCAAUCAAACUAUUAAAUUUAAUCUGGAAGGCAGUUUUAAAAGUAUAACAAAAUUACACUACUGGUUUAGUAUGCUAGGAAAUGCUGCACAGAAAAAUGUCACAGUGCUUUUUGACUAUAUGGGGCCCAUAGAGGCAGAUGAGGAGGGAAUGUUCACACUUGAAGCUGGUUUAAACCAGAUAUUUACAUUGAGUACUGUUAAUACAGCUGCCAAGGGAGAGUACCCAGAUCCUCCCGUACCUACUGAUUUCCCUUUACCAUAUAUGGACAAUUUUAAUGCUGUUGUUGAACACCAAGAGCCUUAUUUUGUUGCUCCUAUGUCUGGUUCAUUUGAAGUGAUUACAGUACCCGGUACCAACAACAAAGUACUACGUCAGAUGGCAAUAUUAAAUCCAGUUGACUGGUGUGAGACUGAAAACUUCACAUUGGCUCUUAUUGGAAAUAUAUCAUGGACCAAUAUCUAUGUGGAGACAUCAUUCUCUAUUGAUAUGGAAAAUGCCACUACUGGUGUAUUUGUAGCACAGAGAAUCAACAGUGGUGGUUGUUAUACUGUUGGUGGGCAAGGCUUUCUCUUCUAUGUCUUCCCUAAGAAUGCCACCUAUGAAUUCUGGGGAGAUUCCAGGAGAGCUACUCUCUUAGGUUAUGGCCCUGCACCAAGCUUAAAACCUACUGGUUACAACAAACUAGGACUUAAAGUGAAGGAUGGUUUUGCUGAGGGCUAUGUUAAUGAUCAGUUGGUGUUUGGUGUGAGGAUGCCAGAUAGUCCAGCCAGUGGGUUUCCAGCAUUUGGUACAGCGGGUUUCGGACAUGCUGACUUUGACUACAUCAUGAUAUCAGAAUCUUGAUACUAGUUGACUUUAUAGUCUCAUAGUAGCAUAUUAUUAUACAUUCAUAUAUAGAUUUCUGUUAUAGAUUUUUAAUGUAAUUUUA